AUGCAGUUCUCACCACUCGCAAACCCCCUAGCGACAGUGGCACAGCUCGAAACGUCCGGUUCGCAGCUUGACGGUGUCCCAUCCGACCUCGAGGACUCGGUUCGCUUUGCAGGUGCUAGGCUCACGCAGGCCGCGGGGAUUCUGCUGCGUCUGCCACAGGAAGUAAUUGCUCAGGCCAUUGUCAUUUUCACCAGGUUUUGGGUCGGGCCUGAGGGUGGGAGUCUAGCGGAGCAUGAUGCUGAGCAAGUCUCUGCCAGCUCGUUGUAUCUCGUCUCGAAGCUCUCCGCUUUCCAGAGAUCCGCGCGGAGUGUGGUAAAUGUCUACGCCUACCUUCACUCCUUGCCGUUCACGUUCAUUGAUCUGGAUCAAUUGCACGAGAAGAAAGAUGCGCAAGAAUACUAUGUCACAGAGGGCACAUACCAACUGCGAAAGAAGGCACUUUUCGACAUGGAACAGCGCAUACUGAAGAUUCUCGGGUUUCGGUUACAAGUCGCGCUGCCGUAUACGCUCUGCAUCACAUACCUCCAAGCCCUCGACGUCUUUGGACAUCCUCGCGCGUCGGAGCUCGCGAAGCGAGCUGUCGCCUACCUCAACACGGCGCUGCUCAGCCCUCAACUUCUAUAUCUUACUCACCAACCACCUUCCCUGGCAACUGCGGCGAUUUACCUUGCUGCGAAAGACGUUGGUAUUAAGUUGCCCGAUGUGGAAUGGUGGGAGGUCUUCGAUACUGAUCGAGAAGAACUCGGGUUCCUUGUCGUUGGCCUGCUCAGUGUGGGGAGCUUUGCGGCCGCGGAAAAGGAGAAAUGGGGUGAUGUGAAGAUUCCAUUGACGGUGGAUGCGCUAGAGGCUGUGAUCAAUGCAAGAGAUGUGGACGGGACGCACGAGACAUGA